AUGGAAGAUUCACCAAUCGUUGAAACAAAUUCAGAAACACCAACCGGCAACAUGGUCGAUCCGUUCAGCAAUCAGGAAUAUCUCCAAAGAAAGCUUUAUUUCUUGCUGGAGCAUUUGAAGAAAAUGCACAGUGAUCUACCAGAGCAAUAUCAGAUGAGAAUAUCUUACGACCUGUUAGUCGGUCUAGCAAACUCCUUGCUAAACGACACAAUCUUUGAAAUCGUUAAAGGAUUAAUGGAGAUACAGCACGUAACCGAGGCCCAUUUGAUGCAAGUGCGAGAAAAAGUAGAGAAUGACCAUCAGCUGGAGGUGAAACAAUGGGAGACUAAAAUACAGGAUCCCGAAGAACUGGAGCACAUUAUUGCACUGAUGAAAAUUAAGCAUGGAAAAAAUAUGAAAGAAACCGAUAUGAAGCUAGUGCUACACCUGGAUCAGAAAGUUAAAGAUCAACAAUCCACCCUUGAGAAAGCCGGGGUGCCUGGCUUCUACGUAACAGACAAUCCGAAGGAGAUUAAAAUCCAGAUGUAUUUAUUGGACUUCAUUCUUCGACUUAGCAGGAUGAAAUUCGAAUCCCACAAAUAGCAUUCGGAAGAACCUGAAUAAUUGUUGAGCGAUACCGAAAUGAAUCACUCCUCCAAAGCAGCGCUGCAAACAGGUAAAAGUAACACACGUUAUGUUUAGCAAGUACAACCACCCAAUAAGGGCGCAAGGUACGUUGUAUCAGACGUUAGAAGCAUAUGUUCACUGGUGUGCGUGUCUCGAUGCAAAGCAGUGGGCAAGUGAUGAUGCACAUCGAUUACGUAGCAAGCUUGUACACAUUCCACCAGUGGUUGUGUAUGAGUAGUUGUGUUUAUGAAACAGCCGGCUAAUUUACACUAAGUUCCGUCAUGUGUUGGCAAAGGUGCCAUAAUAUAGAAUAGAAUAAACAUAAAUGCGCAAUUGUUUAACAAUUAGCAUUACGUUCGAAGCGGUCGUUGCUAAACUUCAGAUGUUUAGCAUGUUUAAAAUCCCUAAAGACCAGCUGAUACUUAGCUGAUGAUGAUUAUCAACAAUACGCGCUGCUCAUAAUAUUUCUCUACGAAUGUCUUGCUCCCCAUACUGCUAGGACUAGGUCAUUGACCGAACGCUUAGGAUAAAGAGUAUUUUUAAAUACCAUGUUAACUAUAAUUAGGAAACUGUUGUCACCAAUACAUCAUACAGCUUCGUAAUUUCUGAGACUUUAAAAUGUAAUGUAAUUUUUGAGACUUUAAAAGCAUACAUUUUGGAUUAAAGUUCAAUUUAAAUUUAUAUCUUUACA